AUGUCGUUGUUCGCGAAAUACACGAAAUUUGGCAAUGGCGCGCCGACGACGACGACGACAGCGACGUCGUCGUACUUCAAUGAGAACAACAUCACGCAUCGGAAGAAGCUGUCGGCGGUCUCGCGAUCGAUGACAGGCGAUGAUGCUGUUGUGACGGCGUCGCCGCGAAAUUGCUACCAACGAUCGACAGUAUCGCCGUUGCGCACUCGAACGGCUUCAAUGGAUGAGAGCGAUGGAGCGCGAUUGUCGCAGAUAAGGCGUAUCGAUGAUAACGACGAACCACAUGAGGCUCUUGAGGCGCUUCCGACUUCUUCCACCGGCGCGAAGAAGACGCGUCCGUCGACCUCGUCGCUGACAUCGAUGUUCCGCAAUCGCGCUGGUUCGCCGAUGGACAAAUUCCGGAAAAUUAUUUCAAGAUCGUCGUCGUCGAAAGCGGCACUUCAGAAAUCGGAGAGCGAAUUCCGCGAAAUUGAGAAAUCGCUGAACGAGGAGAUCGAUCGCCUCAAAGAUGAGCUCAAAUUCACGCGUGUUCAAUUGAAUAAGGCGAACACGCUCAUUGAAAAAUCGCAGAAAAUCGUGAAAUCUGAAGAAUGUCAAGUUAAUAUUGUCAAAGAUUCGAACGAAGUUGGCACGAUGACUGAUGAGACGGCGGAAUGCGAAAUUCGAAAGACGGAUAAAGAAAAUGUGAAUCCCUCAAAAACACCGGAAAUCAUUUGUCUCGACGAGGAGAAUAAUGUCAAGGCGGAACUCAAACAAGCGUUGAUGAAGCUUGAGGAAGAACGACGAGAGCACAAGGCGGUUUAUCGCGAUUUCCUCACCGUCGUCCGACUUGCCGAACGCCAACGCGAAGACGCCGAGUCGCGUUUGGAAGCGAUUAUGCGAUCAUCGGGCGAUGACGAGGAUUGGAGUGUUCUGAUGGCGCAACACCGUCACACGCUUCGCAGAAACGCGCUUCUGAUGUGGGCGCAGAAGAAGCUGGCACCCUAUGAGCAGCAUGACUUUCCCGAUGACGAUCCAUUAUUUGGAGAUUGUAUUGAAAAAUGCCGUCGCGCAUUCGACAAACUCAAUAUCAAAUUCGACAUCGAUUUGAACGAGUCGUCAGUGCCGAAUUGGCGCGACGUCAUGGACUCGGUGUUUUUGAUCUACAAGAAGGGCGUCCUCAAACGCGAGUAG